AUGUCUUCCGCGAAUCGUGGGCCGACGGGUGGCAGGAGUCGCAAGCGUUCAAGAGAACCCGAAGAUGGUCCUUCUGGACUCGGUGCAUCCAGCCCAGCAGGAGACAUUCGAUCCUCACCUCCAGCCUACCCUAUUCAGCACGGCGUCGAGGAUGAUGAUGAUGUGGAGGAAGAACUUGCUCUCGACAUUGACGAUGCCGACGAAAUGGCCGAAGAUGAAGACGGAAUCGAUCUCUUUGGGGGCGAUUUCGAGAAGGACUAUAAAACUCGUGAGGAUGAUCAAUACGAUGCAAGAGAUAUCGACGAUGAAGGCGACUACGAUGAUCUUGACGCUGCUUCGAGGCGACAGCUCGAACAGCGGCUGAACCGCCGAGACCGCGAACUUGAUCGUCAAAGACGCAUGCCAGCAGCUUUCCUUCAAGAUGAAGAUGAAGAUGGCGAUCUGGACCUUACAGCACAACCUCGUCGACGCCGUCAUCACUACGACGAAGAUGAGGAUGAAGACAUGCAAGACGACAUUAUGGAAGAAGAGCUUUCCCUCGAGACCUUGCAAGAUGUCAAGGCAUCAAGUUUGGUGGAGUGGGUUGCCCAAAACGCUGUCCAGAGAACCAUCAAGAGAGAGUUCAAGGCCUUCUUGACCGAGUACACUGAUGACAACGGAGUUUCAGUUUACGGAAGUCGUAUUCGAACCCUCGGAGAAAUCAACGCUGAAUCUUUGGAGGUUUCUUAUGAUCAUUUGUCUUCCUCCAAAGCCAUUCUGGCUUAUUUCCUCGCAAAUGCUCCUGGAGAGAUGCUCAAAUUAUUCGACGAAGUUGCUAUGGAAGUUACUCUUCUUCAUUAUCCAGAUUACGAGCGAAUUCAUUCCGAAAUUCAUGUACGCAUUUCAGAUUUGCCAGUUCACUAUACUCUCCGCCAAUUGCGUCAAACCCACUUGAACUGCUUGGUUCGUGUCAGUGGAGUCGUUACUCGCCGAAGUGGGGUAUUCCCUCAAUUGAAAUAUGUCAUGUUUGAUUGCAAUAAAUGUCACACCCGACUUGGCCCUUUCCAGCAGGAGUCCAACGUUGAAGUCAAGAUCUCAUACUGCCAGAACUGUCAAUCCCGCGGACCGUUCAACCUGAACUCAGAAAAGACCGUCUACCGCAACUACCAGAAGCUCACUCUACAAGAAUCACCUGGCACAGUUCCAGCUGGUCGUCUUCCUCGUCACCGUGAAGUGAUCCUCUUGUGGGAUCUUAUUGACAGAGCUAAGCCUGGAGAGGAGAUCGAAGUUACUGGUGUGUACCGCAACAACUACGACGCUCAACUGAACAACAAGAACGGCUUCCCUGUCUUUGCUACGAUUUUGGAAGCGAACAAUAUCGUAAAGUCUCAUGAUCAGCUGGCUGGCUUCAGACUUACCGAGGAAGAUGAGCACCAGAUUCGGUCCCUUGCUCGCGAUCCCCAGAUUGUUGACAAGAUCAUCCACUCGAUGGCGCCUAGCAUUUACGGCCACACUGAUAUCAAGACGGCCGUUGCCCUCUCGUUGUUUGGAGGUGUAGCCAAGGAGAGAAUGGGCAAGCUUCAUAUUCGUGGAGACAUCAACGUUCUUCUGCUUGGUGAUCCUGGAACUGCCAAAUCGCAGGUCCUCAAGUAUGUGGAGAAGACUGCCCACCGCGCUGUGUUUGCCACUGGUCAAGGUGCAAGUGCUGUCGGUUUGACUGCUAGUGUACGCAAAGACCCUUUGACAAGCGAAUGGACUUUGGAAGGAGGUGCUUUGGUGCUUGCCGAUCGGGGUACUUGCCUGAUCGAUGAGUUUGACAAGAUGAACGAUCAAGACAGGACCUCCAUCCACGAGGCCAUGGAACAGCAGACCAUCUCCAUUUCCAAGGCUGGUAUUGUCACAACUUUGCAGGCUCGCUGUGGUAUCAUCGCCGCUGCAAAUCCAAUGGGCGGUCGCUAUAAUUCAACAAUUCCUUUCUCCCAAAAUGUUGAGCUCACUGAACCUAUUCUGUCCCGUUUUGACAUCCUCUGCGUUGUUCGGGAUACUGUCGAUCCAGUGGAAGAUGAGCGACUGGCCAGAUUCGUUGUCGGAUCUCACGGUCGAUCGCAUCCAGUUACUCAAGCUAUUGAUGAAAAUCAAAACAGCAUGGAUGUUGAGCAUGAUUCUGAGGUCCGCGCUGGAGCUGUCAAUGGUGGUGAACCGAAGCAGGAAGGAGAGAUCCCGCAGGAGUUGCUUCGGAAAUACAUUCUAUAUGCAAGAGAGAGAUGCAGCCCCAAGCUGUACAACAUCGAUGAAGAGAAGAUAUCAAAGCUCUUCGCUGAUAUGAGGAGGGAGUCCUUAGCCACCGGUGCUUAUCCAAUCACUGUCCGUCACCUUGAAGCUAUCAUGCGUAUCAGUGAAGCAUUCUGCAGAAUGCGUCUAUCAGAUUAUGUCUCUUCUCAAGAUGUCGAUCGUGCUAUUGCGGUAACAAUCGACUCUUUCGUCGGCAGUCAGAAGGUCAGCUGCAAGAAGGCACUUGCUCGUUCUUUUGCCAAGUAUACUCUCGCUCGACCUGGUGCCGGAAAGAAGACAGGAGCUGGGCGGAACUCGGAACGGGGGAACAGAACAGCUACGGCGGCGGCUUGA